CUCUCUCCCCCAAAUCCGAGCCACCCACUCCCCCCCGCCCCCCUCCUCUCCCCUGCAGCCCUCCGCGAGAAGCUCCGCUCCCCAGCACUUUUUGGGCCCGAGAUAUGGCAAUGGUAGUUAGCAGCUGGCGAGAUCCGCAGGAAGACGUGGCCGGGGGCAACCCGAGCGGCCCCAACCCAGCAGCUCAGCCGGCCCGGGAUCAGCAGCAGCAAGCGGCCUCGGCGGCCCCGCACACCCCGCAGACCCCUAGCCAGCCGGGACCCCCUUCCACCCCGGGCACGGCCGGGGACAAGGGCCAGAACCAGCAGGGCUCGGGCCAGAGCCAGCAGCACAUCGAGUGCGUGGUUUGCGGGGACAAAUCCAGCGGCAAACACUACGGCCAAUUCACCUGCGAGGGCUGCAAAAGUUUCUUCAAGAGGAGCGUCCGCAGGAACUUAACUUACACAUGUCGUGCCAACAGGAACUGUCCCAUCGACCAGCACCACCGCAACCAGUGCCAGUACUGCCGCCUCAAGAAGUGCCUCAAAGUGGGCAUGAGGCGGGAAGCGGUUCAGCGAGGAAGAAUGCCUCCAACCCAGCCGAACCCAGGCCAGUACGCGCUGACCAACGGGGACCCUCUGAACGGCCACUGCUAUCUGUCGGGAUACAUCUCGCUGCUGCUGCGGGCUGAGCCCUACCCGACCUCGCGCUACGGCAGCCAGUGCAUGCAGCCCAACAACAUCAUGGGCAUCGAGAACAUCUGCGAGCUGGCCGCCCGCCUGCUCUUCAGCGCCGUCGAGUGGGCCCGCAACAUCCCCUUCUUCCCCGACCUGCAGAUCACCGACCAGGUAGCCCUGCUGCGGCUCACUUGGAGCGAGCUGUUUGUGCUCAACGCGGCGCAGUGCUCCAUGCCCCUGCAUGUGGCCCCUCUGCUGGCCGCCGCCGGCCUGCACGCCUCGCCCAUGUCCGCCGACCGGGUGGUGGCCUUCAUGGACCACAUCCGCAUCUUCCAAGAGCAGGUGGAGAAGCUCAAGGCCCUGCACGUCGACUCGGCGGAGUACAGCUGCCUCAAAGCCAUCGUCCUCUUCACAUCAGAUGCCUGUGGCCUGUCAGAUGCUGCCCAUAUCGAGAGCCUGCAAGAGAAAUCUCAAUGCGCCCUGGAGGAAUAUGUGAGGAGCCAGUACCCCAACCAGCCGAGUCGCUUCGGCAAACUGCUCCUGAGGCUGCCUUCCCUGCGCACCGUCUCGUCCUCAGUCAUCGAGCAGCUCUUCUUCGUCCGCUUGGUAGGUAAAACCCCCAUUGAAACCCUCAUCAGAGAUAUGUUACUAUCUGGGAGCAGCUUCAACUGGCCUUACAUGUCUAUCCAGUGUUCCUAGAGCACAGCCAACACCCCCAUAGAGACACUGAGGACCAACACAAACAGAAAUAUACGAACCGAGUAAAGUUGGGGUGCAGAGAGGGGGGGAAAGCAGACAAUAAACAAAAAAAA